GUCAGAUGUGGCACUCUGUGAUUCGUCAGCCAGCCUCAGCCUGCCGUCCGUAUUUUUGUUUUUCUGAAGAAUAAUGUAAUUAAAUUCCAAUAGUUAAAUUACUAAUCAUAUCCUGACGAGUCUAAGGAAAUUAUGUGAAAUCGCCACUCCUCCAAACAGACUACUUUUAGUUCUAGGACGGACGUAAACAUUACCAAGAUGUUGUUUCAAUAUUUCAUUAUGUUAGUGGUUCUUCCACUGAUAUUUAUCAGCUUUAUCCUGUUUGUGACGUUCGUGUUUAUCCCUAUCGCCUUCAUGUUUGCGUCGUGGUACAUGAGGAUUAAGGAGCGGAAACUGCAGCGGAGAAAGAAGGAUGGUGCUAAUGUGGCCUUCUUUCACCCGUACUGCAACUCCGGAGGCGGCGGAGAGAGAGUUCUGUGGGUUGCUAUUAAAGCGUUACUAGCCAGAUAUCCAGACUCAAACAUCUACAUUUACACAGUAGAGACAGCAGAACCACAAGCAAUAUUAGACAAAGCUCAAAACACAUUCAAUGUAAAAGUGGAGCCUGAAAGGGUGCACUUUGUGCGUCUCACUCUGAAGACUUUGAUAGAGGCUAAGACAUAUCCAUACUUCACUUUGAUCCUGCAGAGUAUUGGCUCUAUGGCACUCGGACUUGAAGCAUUCAUGAAGCUCAAUCCAGAUGUGUACAUAGAAACAACAGGCUUUGCGUUCACGAUGCCAAUAUUCCGCUUCCUGGCAGACUGCCCGGUGGCCUGCUAUGUGCACUACCCCACCAUCACCGCCGCCAUGAUGAGACGGGUCAAACACCGGAUUGUUUCAUAUAAUAACUCAAGUCUGAUUGCUAGAAAUCCUCUAUUUACGUAUUGCAAACUGCUGUACUACAAAGUUUUUGGAUGGCUGUACAGCCUGGCGGGGCGCUGCGCCCACAUCGUGAUGGUGAACGGGUCCUGGACGGAGGAGCACAUCAACGAGCUGUGGGCGCGCCCGCUCAGCACGCACCGGGUCUAUCCGCCUUGCGAGGUAUCCGAGCUGAAGAAGCUGCGCUCGCUAGUGAAAGACUCGGACCCGAUCCGCAUCCUGUCCGUGGCGCAGUUCCGGCCGGAGAAGGACCACCCGCUGAUGCUGCAGGCGCUGUACGAGCUGCGCACCCUGCUCGCCAAGAACGAACUGCUGUGGAACAAGAUAAAGCUAGUCCUAGUGGGGUCAGUCCGCAACGCUGAGGACUCUGAGCGGGUUCAGAACCUGAAGGACCUGGCGAAGCACCUGUCUCUGGAAGACAGCGUGCAGUUCGUGGUGAACGCGCCGCACGCCGCGUUGCUGCAGCACUACCAGACCAGCACCGCCGCGCUGCACGCCAUGUGGAACGAACACUUCGGGAUUAGCGUAGUAGAAUGCAUGGCAGCGGGCCUGGUCACAAUAGCCCAUCGCUCGGGCGGCCCGCUGUGCGACAUCGUGGAGCCCUCCCCCCCCUCCCGGACGGGGUUCCUGGCCGCGGAGCCCGAGGAGUAUGCGAGGGCGAUAUUGGAGGUCAUAGCGUUGGGGGCGGAGGAUAGGAAGAGGAUUGUUGAGGCGGCUAGGGCCUCCGUAGACCGAUUCUCCACUUCAGAGUUCGAAAAAGCAUUUAUGAGAUCGAUAGAGCCGCUGAUGAAGGCAACAUAGGCCUAGACCAAUGCUAGAUUACCAAUUAUUAACUAUUAAUUAUAUUUAUUUACACUGUUCCACUAGUCCGUAAGCUUAACUAGGUUUUUAAAGCAAUAAAAACGCGUGCUAAAAU